GUAACGCUCACUGAUUGUUGCCAUGGACACGGACAAACUGAGGAGUAGCAGAAACUUCAACAAGGAGAGAUAUUUACCGAACAGAGCCUCUAACUGCUGAGAGACCGGAUCAUGUGAGACCAGGUCCUGAUCCAGAUCCACAUUACUUAGACCGUUCAGAUCUGGUCUAAAGUAUUCUACAGAGCCUACAGACUCUUUCAAAGACUCUGAUUCCUGACCGCAGGGUCUGCAGCACCAGAUGGAGACUGUUGUGGAAUCCGACAGAGAGGAGCCUGGCGGAGGUGGAGGGACGCUGGAGGACCUGGAGGGGGCUCACAGAGACUUGAAUGACUCUUGUUUUCAGACCAAAGCCGAGCUGUGUCCUGAGUCCUACAGGAUCAACUCCCCCAACGAGAUCCAAAUGUUGAAGAUGGCCGAUAACUUCCAGCGUCAGUUUUCACACCUGUUUCCUGAACACAAACCGUUGCUGCUCUGCGCCGCCAACGAGUGUGGCGUGAAGAAGUUUGUUUCCACGACUCUCCUGCCCACGUCAACGAGCCACCCUGAACUUUACACCUGGGAGGGCUGCGCCAGCUUUGUGGCAGACUUCCUGUCCCUGGUCCCUUUGGAUCCUCCUGAAGAACUGCCCAGGACGCUGUUCUCCCCCUCCUCAGUGCUGCAGAGUCAGAGAGCCACGUGUUUUGAGUUUGCCUCCCUGCUGUGCAGCCUGCUGAUCGGCGCCAACUACGACGCCUUCUGUGUCAGCGGCUUCGCUGUCAAAGAGAUGUGUCUGCUGGACCAGAGCCUGCAGGAGUGCCCCCUGCUGGACACUCCUGCCAAGGACAAGAGUGUGAUCCCACAGCAGGAGGAGCAGCAGGAGGAGAAGUACAAACUGAAGCAUCAGAGGGAGCUGAAGAGUCGCUUUUUGAUGCAGCAAGAGAAGAAGAAACAGGAUGCUGAUGCUGCACUGCUCCAGACACAGGAACUUCAGGAGCAAAAUGAGCAGCAGCCUGCAGACACCCUGCGUGGCCUGCGCAGACACUGCUGGGUGCUGGUGCUGUCAGGGAGCCGCAACGUCCAAGAGAACUUCUUCAUCGACCCUCUGACGGGAAACCGCUGCUCCACCGACGACGACAGCUUCCUGGGCGUCGACAGCGUGUGGGACAACUUCAACUACUACGUCAACAUGCAGGACUGCAGCAACGGCUGCUCUAAGAUGGUGUAUGACCUGGAGGAUGUAAGCCUGUGGGAGCCGGUCUUGUUUGGAGCAACCAGUAAGAAGAAGCUGAUUCUGGAGGUCUCGAAAAGGAAGCAGGAAAAGCUGAGGAGGCAUGUCAAGGAUGAAGAGGAGAAGAAGCUCAGGGUUUUUGAGAUGCCCAGGUCGUGGGUGGAUUGCAUCAACAUCUCAAAACAAGACCUGGAGGACCGCUGGCCGGGAAGAAAGAAGGCGACCCUCUACAGGAGAGCAAAGCUGGAGAGGUUCUCUCUGUACCUGAGGCCAGACAGGCUGGUCACACGGCUCACGACCUACAAAGACCUGAACUUUUUCUGUGUUAAAGAUACCGAGCCGGUCAGAGUGAAGGAGUGGUAUAAGAACCGCAUGGACCACCUGGAGGAGAAGGAGAUCAACAAGGUCGACAACGUCACCUCAGAACGCUUCAAACACGGGAGACGUUUCAGCCUUUUAUUUCACAGGUACUCUGACACCGAGCAGGAGAUGGAGUUCAGCAGUGUUCGUUUUGACGGUCUGGUUCGGAAGUUUGAGUCGCGGUCUGAGCUGAAGGAGGACUUCGAGGGCCGGCCUGACUUCCUCUACCACCGAUACGCCGUCUUUGAUCCGGAUCUCCCGCUCUCAGGUGUGGUCCUUUCUGAUGUGGAAAAAGGAUGGCUACAGAAAGUGGGGGAGCGUUUCCACAGGAACACAUCCAAACCCGCCAGCGAAGACGUGGCCGAGCGACUGUUCCUAACGGCUCACGGACGCAUCGAGGUGACCUACCACUCAGACGAUCACAGAGCCGUCCCUUCAAAGAGGAGCUUCAUCAAACCACGGGAGUCAACGAAUGAGGAGAAGGCUGAGGACUUCAGGAGAGAGAUGGCCACCAGUUUCCAGGUGGAUCCAGCUGAUAGGCCUCUGUCCACUCUGGCUCUGAGUAAGAUCAUGAAGGCUCUGAAGGAGGAUGAGGAGACAGUGGCUCUCCAAAUACAACAGUCGAGGGAAGAGGUAACAGCCAUCGUGGCCUGCAGGCAGAAGGAGCAGGAAGACGUGCAGUCGUACUUCUCACCGUGGACGGCGACCGGAGCAGCCAGAGUCCGCAGCCAGAAGCAGGAAUUGGAGCGUGUGGCUGCAGAGGAGCAGAAGUGGUUUCAGGAGAGGAGGGACGACGUCCUGGCUUCACUCCUGAUCGACCUGGACCAGACAAAGACUCUUGACAAGAAGCAGGCCAAGGAGCUGUACCAGAAGUGUUUGUCCAACUUCAAAGAGAGAAUGGUGGAGCAGGCCAACCUCAUUCAGGAGCGCUGUAACAAGGUGACACAGGAGCUGGAGAGGAAGCAGCAGGGCUACCACAAGAACCAGCUCACAAUGACGGAAGAACAAGUAGAGGAGUACCAAACCUACUGCCAGGACACUACCCUGCAGAUAAAAGUCACCAGUGAAAGGAUGAAAAUGCACAAGGAGGCAUCUGCCAAGAAAUAUACUGCUCUCACAGAGAAGCUGACCAAGCACCCUCAGCUGGCUCCCUUCCUGAAAAGCUGAGCCCGGAGAUGUCUGUUGUUUUUUUGAAAAAAAGAUGAUCUCUCCAUAAAUGAUGUUUAAAUAUUCUA